AUGGUUCGUCUUCGAUCCAUAUAUACUGGCUCUCUAGCCUUGGCUGGGUUGGUAUUCACUGGUUGCGCCGCCGUUGUUGCUUAUGGCUUGCCUCAGCAGCUCGUCAUGGACUCUCGGCUCUCUGAUCCAUGGAUGCCAUCGCCAGCAUCUUCAUUUCCUACUAAAGGAGCAAGCCGCAUUGCAGUUUCGGAACUGGCUUAUGGGAACGAAGCGCGUGAUCUCUUGGUAGAAAAGGCCCACAGCCUCAAUCGACCUUAUCCUGAUGGGUGGGAAAGGAUCUUACACCCUCCAAACACCUUUGGCAACACUGGGAUCCAAAUAGUUGAUCCUAACAAUCUAGUAGAGGUCAUUAAUGCUUGGGGCCUCCCUGAGUCAAUUCGCGAUAUUGCCUAUAAUGAUAUCCGAACCCUUGUUCUCAUUGCUGUCCGUCAGGGCGUAUACGUGAUUCAAAGCUUCAGUUAUGGCGUUCCUAACUGUGGAGCGGGUCCUCAGCCGUUCUGUAUGGUCACACUAGCAGUCGUCGUGAGAGCCCGUUUAGACCAAGGAGGGCUUUUGGCCAAUCCUGCGGAAAUUGGACACAUCUUUAUGCAGUCUGGUGCUGAAAGUAUUCAACAAUACAGAUAUUGGGAGGAGUGCCAUAGAUGCUGGCUUCGUAGAUGUUGCCAUAAUAAAUCUGCUCCUCGUGCCUUGGAACAGUAUGAAAUUGAUCAAGGCAUGGCGGUUCUUUCUGCAAGCCAGUCUCGUUGGGCAAUAGAGAACAUGCCAGCACCUGCAAGCUUCAAUGCCAAGUCGGUCAGGAUCAUGACUGUCCCUCAGUAUGAUGUCGUCUAUUCUUCCCCUGCGCCUAUCCCAUAUUCUCCUUCAGCAAUGAUGAACUCAAAAACUACGAUGACCAGCAAUAUGUGGCCUAUGUUUAUUGAUGACUUACUACGUCGGUUCCUUAGGAACAAAAACGAGAAUAAGGAGGUCUUUAAGGCGCAUAGGGAUAAGCUCUUGAACGAGCUUCAAACCUUGGCCAAGUCACACCAUCAAUUCAUCCGGCAGUUCUCUCUCACAAUUGAUGAACAAGACGCAGAGGACCUGUUUGGAAACCUGUUAUCAGAUUGCUUUGACAGGGCGAAUGCGGAAGAGACAGUGACAGAGUGGUGGCGGCGUGUCCGCCAAGAGAACCCCGGAGACAUACCCAUCUCACUUGAAUGUGAAUCCACAAGCCAAAAACGAAAGACAUUUGAUCCACCGCCAAGUCAAUGCAAGACCUCGGUCGAAGUGACCUCAGAAUCCUCAUACUCUUGGUUGGUGAUUUCGCCCCAUGGCAACAAUCUUGACUGUCUACUCUUACAAGGUGAUAUUGUACUCAGCUAUUUGGAGUGCGAACCUCUAGAUGAUGACGAUGAUGAUAGUACCGAUCCUGAUGUACAUAAGGGCACUUUUUUGGCCAGAGAUCAUCAUAACUGCGAAUCCAGCCGACGUUACCAACAUGCUUCUUCCGACGAAGUGAACGAAACCUGGGAAGGCUCCGUCAUCCGCUCGGCUAUUAUUCUCGAAGAUGGUUCGUUUGCUUCUGUUAGGUAUCUGGUCGAAUGGAAGGACUACCCAGCGUAUGUUAGCAAGGCCUUACUAGACAUCUUACGUUUUUCAGCCGCAAGAUCAUAUCUUCGCACCCCACUCUUUCAGUCUCAGAGGCCCAACGAGAUAUUCAAGUCCCUUGACAAUAUCCAGGCGGUUGAUCCAACUCUGGUAGCCAUUGGCCAAUCGAUGGAAGCUGUUGCAAAAGGCUGGAGUGCCAUUGCCAAUGCUUUCAAGAACAGUGUAACAAAGACCAUCAAGCUUAAAGUGUGUCUUGGAUUCGAGCAGUAUCAGCACACGGCCAAGACUUUGGUCGCACAAGGCGUAUAUGGUCCUCGCUUCCCGGAAUUCAUUGGUGAGAUUAUGGCCAAUACCGAGUUACCAGACCGACGGGAUCUAAAGACGAUCAUGAUGGGCAUCAAGUACUCUACUAAUAUCACCUGGGUAGGCGAAUCCAUGAGUUAUGCCGAUUCGAAUGGGCACUUCAACUUCUUGUUCCUGGCCAAGCAUGCAAACGCAGUUACCAAGGAUAUCGAUGUGGUGUACAGCUGGUUGAAGAGUGAGAGUAUUCUAGCCAAGGACAUGUUGAUCGUGAGAACAAAGAGAAGUACUUUAGGAGGACUCUUUGAACGUGAUGAGACCCGUAUUGAAUAUAUUCCUCAUGUCUUGAGCCAACAAGAUGCGAUGCUCCUUCAGAUGUUCUUUGAGGUGAUUGCUUUCCGUCAGAUUGCCAUAGCAACAGGACUCACGCCCCCAGACUACCCAAAGCUUGACAGCUUGUGCGACCGAACAACUGAGUAG